AUGAAUACAUUGAAAAGCGAGGCCCAAUGGAGCGACCUACCACAGGAGAUCAGAGGCAAGAUUCUCGAAUACGUCCCUGGAAGGUUUGCAGGCAUUUGCAGGGACUGGCAAAACGCCAUCGAGCCAAGAAACUUUCGGGUCCUCCAAGUCGGUUCGGAUGAUCAGUCGCUGGGAAACCUGGCCAAGACAUUACACAACAAUAUCAACUUGGAGAUCAGUGCCUCUUCGCCAAACGAUGUCGGCAAUUCGUGCGGAAUAGAAGGGCUCUUGGACUACUGGCAGCAACAGCAGCGAUACGUGUUUGCCUCUAUUAGCCUUGGAGAUUUCAGUCUUCCCUACGUCAACUGCGUCACCGGGUUGAGCAUUGUAUCUACCGAGAUUGCGCACAAUUCACUUCGAACCGUGGAGGCAUCUCAAUACGCGGGAACAGAACUCUUCAAACAAUGGUAUAGUAGUGAAAGCCAGCCCGUCUUCUACCCCACCUCUUCGCAUUCUAUGGAAGAUUCUCUGAUUUCUGACAUAGACUUGACGACCAUGCUGGCAAUCUGGUCAUAUCGAGAGAAACCACUGUUAUCAAAAAUCCACAUCUUCGAGCACGGCGAUCUACAAAUGCUUUACAAUUGGCGCCUAUCAGUCCGGCUCGGCUUGAUCGGAAAUCUGUUCAUUCGCUGUCUCGAUCUAGAGAAGCUUGUCAUCUGCAAUAUCGCUGAUGCCAUAUACUUCUUUGCCGCCUGCACGAGCAGAGUAUGCGUACCUAUAUCGCCUCUGCCAUGGCAGCGUCUGCGUGUUCUGACGAUGAUAUGCCAGGAUGCUUGCUCCCGCAAGAAGCCCGGGCUCAUCAACACUCUUCUUUCCCAAGAUGGCAGGGUCGCGAAGAAGAUGCCGGCACUCCGUGUAAUGGAACUAUACGGUGCAUGGCGAGAAUCAGCUGGGGUUUUCCGAUACCUUGUCACUGGAAAUUACGUAGAGAUUACUUGGGUUAGCACGUGGGAGUUCAAGCUAGGAGACGAACCCAAGUAUAUUUGGUGGGAUGUCGCGCAGCUCACAGAGGAUAGGCUGGUGCUCCUGUUCGCACCCGAAAGGCACCUGCGUACUUAUGACGGCCCAUUUCACUUUGUACACCAGUGGUCGGUGACUCGGGGCCUGGCUCUUCAUUCCUCUUAA